AUGGGUGCACUCAUAUCAGACGGGCUUUCCACCGACUCAAUCACUAGCGCAUCCGACAUGCCCGUGAUUGACUAUCAGAAAUUGACUGGCAGGGCCAACGAGCGCAAGGAAGCAUUGAGAUUACUGGACAAAUCCUUCCAGGCAUAUGGCUUCAUAUACCUACUAAACCAUAGUAUUCCGCAGGAGAUGGUAGAUGAAGCCUUUGCCUGGUGCAAACGCUUUUUCAGCCUCGACCAUAGCGUGAAAAGUCUGGUAGCUCACCCGGCUAGUGGCGCAGUCGACGAUCAUCGAGGUUUUGCCAAAGAGGGGCUGGGUCUAGUAAGCCAGCUGAUCUUUGAUGAGGCCAAGGUUGCCGACCUCAGGCUCACUUCUCCUGAGCGAAAGGAGACGCUGGAGAUGGGUAACCCUUAUCCCAAUAAAGAAUCGGCACCCAACCGUUGGCUUCCCGAAGAUGCCCUCCCCGGAAUGCGUGCUUUCUGUGAGAGAUGGUGGGAUGCUUGCACUGCUCUCGAAAAGUCGAUGCUCCGUAUCCUGGGCGAAGCGCUUGAGCUUGACGACAGUGAACUCCUCUAUCGGAAGCAGAGGCGUGACCUGUGUCAUAUGAGUUGGAACUAUUAUCCCAGUAUGCCUAUCGGUCCACUGAAGAGUAGGCAGCUGCGCAGGCUUAACGCACAUAGCGAUUUUGGAUGUUUGACCCUACUGUUCCAGGACGGGGUCGGAGGAUUAGAAGUGCAUGAUGGUCAUGUCUUUCGUCCAGUCGUUCCAAAGAGAGGCACAGUGGUGAUCAAUGUAGCUGACAUGCUUGAGAGGCAAACGAAUGGGCGUUGGAAGAGUGCGUUACAUCAGGUUGUCGCGCCUCGGGAGUCUAUGAUGCAGAAAGGGUUUGAGCCCGUCUCUGCUGUAAUAGAUAGAUAUUCACUUGUCUAUUUUGGAUUGCCUGAUCCCGAGGUAAUCAUAGACACUCUUCCUGGACGCGAGCAACGUGGGAAGUGGGACCCUAACAUGAAAGGGGACUGGGGUACUGAAAUUACGGCAGCAGAAUGGCUGCAAAAGCGUCUAGCGUUAGAAUAUUAG